UUUUUUUCAUUUAUUUUCUGUGGAAAAUUAUGGCAGCCCUGAUCAGACAUGCCUUAAAGUUGCGUUAUUGGUUAAUUGGAGGAGCUGCUGCUGGUGGUAUAACUACUGCAAACUGGAUAGAUGAUCUCAAAAAAUCGUUGCCAGACUUCCCUGCUUGGGCCAAAUAUGAACACAUUGCCUCAACUUUUGACAAAUUUAGCCCAAAAUUUAAAGGUUUAAAUUUUCGGCAAGAGUUGGAGCGUCUUUGGCAAUUGAAUGAGCAUAAAGGAGAAGGUCUUCUUUGGUCUGUUUUUGCACCUCCCUACAUUUUGGCAAACGUAUCAGGUGUCUCAAUUGACUCUACAAGUGGGGCGAAUGAACGGAUGGACUCGUCGUUUGAGGCGUCAACUCAGAACGACGUUCCAGGAAGCGACAGCAGCGCUAGUGGGGGUGGCAGUUCUCUCCUCUCCCGUAUAAAAUCAAAAUUCUCCAAGGCCGAGGUUAUCGAUGCUGAAGAAGAUGCAAAAAUGUCUGAGAUGACUGAAACAGAAAGAAUACAAAAAUUACAAGAAGAUUUGCUUAAAACUCAGCUUCAAUAUCAAAGAGAACUUGAACUGCUUGAGAAAGAAAAUAAAGUUUUGAAACAGAGAAUAUUACUGAAAGACGCGGGAGAGUUGAAAAGGCAAAAGAAAAUUAAGCGUUCUCUUAUUGAACUAUAUUCCGAUAUGCUUGAUAUUCUCAUUGAAUAUGAUUCUUCUUAUGGAACAGCAGAUAAUCUUCCUAGAGUUGUUGUUGUUGGUGAUCAAUCUGCUGGGAAAACGUCAGUUUUAGAAAUGAUAGCACAAGCUAGAAUAUUUCCUCGAGGUUCUGGUGAAAUGAUGACUAGAGCUCCUGUUAAGGUCACCCUCAGCGAGGGUCCCUACCACAUCGCCCAAUUCCGUGAUAGCAAUCGCGAAUUUGAUUUAACCAAUCCUUCAGACCUUCAACAAUUACGCAAUGAAAUUGAAUUAAGAAUGUUAAAUUCUGUUGAGGGUGGAAGAACUGUGAGCAAUGAAGUUAUUUCUUUGACUGUUAAAGGCCCUUCACUUCCAAGAAUGGUAUUAGUUGAUUUGCCUGGUGUUAUUUCAACAGUAACAACAGAUAUGGCUAGUGGAACAAAAGAAGAUAUAUUUACAAUGUGUAAACAACACAUGGAAAAUCCGAAUGCUAUAAUUUUGUGUAUUCAAGAUGGCUCUGUAGAUGCUGAACGUAGCAAUGUCACUGACUUGGUUAGCAGUAUUGACCCAACUGGACAACGAACGAUUUUGGUAUUAACAAAGGUUGAUUUGGCAGAAAAGAAUUUAAAUAACCCAAAUAGAAUCAAAAAAAUAUUGGAAGGAAAACUCUUCCCAAUGAAGGCUUUGGGUUAUUUUGCCGUUGUAACAGGGACUGGAACAAAAGAAUCGAGUAUUGGUGAUAUUCGUUCUUAUGAGGAAGAAUUCUUUGCAAAUUCUAAAUUAUUCAGAGAUGGUAUAUUAAAAGCUACACAAAUGACAACAAGAAAUAUGUCGAUGGCAGUAGCUGAUUGUUUUUGGCGUAUGGUACGCGAAUCUAUUGAAGCCCAAGCAGAUGCGUUUAGGGCUAGCCGUUUUAAUUUGGAAACUGAAUGGCGCAAUACAUUUACACAUCAAAGGGAUUUGACUCGGGAUGAGUUAUUUGAAAAGGCUCGAGGAGAAGUUUUGGAUGAAAUUGUUACUCUUUCGCUUGUUUCAGCCACAGAAUGGGAACAACUACUUAGAACAAAUCUUUGGAAUGCUAUAGCACAUCAAGUUUUUGAUCAAAUUUUAAUGCCCGCCUCAGCUGUAGAUAAUGCUGGAUCUUUCAAUACUCUUAUUGAUAUUAAAUUGAAGCAUUGGGCAGAGAAGGAAUUGGCUCAUAAAUCUGUUCAGGUCGGUUGGGAAACUCUCUCCCAAAUAUUUCGUCGUCAAGUAGAAAAAGGUAGUGGAACAAUAAGCAGUCAUACAGCAAAAAAGCAGCAAAGAGACCACAAAAAAUCAGGCGAAUUAUUAACUUCUUUAAAAAAUGCUUUGGUUGAAACAGCACUUUCACAGCAUAAAUGGGAGCCUAAAGCACUUGAUUACUUGCGUGUAAUUCAACUCAAUUCUGUGGCUGAUCAAGUCGUCCCAGACAGACGGGCAUGGGAACAAUCCUGUGAAUUUAUGCAAAAAGCGUGUUCUGACCGUUUGGAGGAAUUGAGGAAAACUUUGGAUUCGGCAAGAGGUCCUUCAGGCAUUUCUGGUUGGAUUUCUUGGAGUUCACCUACGCCAGAACAACAAAUAAAUAAGGCAAUACAGGAUGAAUUAUUUUCUAUUCUUUCUACGAAUCCUGACCAUAAACAAUCAUUACUCGAUGAUGACUUGACUGUAGUACGACGUAAUUUAGAUUCAAAAAAUGUUUUGACAGCAGAAGUUACUCAAGAACAAAUUAGACAACAAUGGAGGCUUGUUUUUAGACAACAUUUUUUGGAGAAAUUAUUACAGGCUAGCCGUGAUUGUCUAAGUUUUUAUCAAAAUUACAAACAAGGAAUUCGUUUGGAUUCAGAUUUGGACUGCCAAGCUGUUGUUUUUUUCUAUAGAAUUAAUCGAAUGCUUGAAUUAAGUUGUAAUGCUUUGAGGCAACAAGUUGUUAAUACGGAACAAAAAAGAUUGGAAAAAGAAGUUAAGGAAAUUUUAAAUGACUGGUCUCAAGAUAAUGAGAAAAAGAAGCAAUAUUUGACUGGUAGACAAGUUGAAUUGGCUGAAGAAUUAGCACAAGUUCGGUUUAUUCAAGAAAAAUUGGAAGAAUUUAUAAUUCAAUUACAUCAAGAAAAACCUUGA